UGGACGCGCAUUACGGACUGGCCCCGCGGAACAACGCUGUGCACUGACUACAUGAGCGCGCCUCCACGCGCCUCCGCUGAGAAGAUCACUCGCGGUUUGCACGCUUCCUCAGCGCCUUCUUCCUAAAGCUCGCUCUCGUGCGGCCAUCUGCAAGCAGCAGCAUCACAGCAUCGACAUGGUCAUCAAAGUUUACAUCGCGUCCUCCUCCGGGUCCACCUCGAUCAAGAAGCAGCAGCAAGACGUCAUGGGCUUCCUCGCGGCCAACAAAAUUGAGUUUGAGGAGUGUGACAUUGCAGCCAACGAGGAGAACCGGAAGUGGAUGAGGGAAAACAUUCCGGAAGACCAUCGUCCUGCCACUGGGAAUCCGCUGCCGCCCCAGAUCUUCAAUGAGGAGAGAUAUUGUGGGAAUUAUGAAGCCUUUUUUGAUGCCAGAGAAGACAAUGCUGUGUAUGCCUUUUUAGGGCUGACUGCUCCCCCAGGCUCCAAGGAAGCGGAAGCCAAGAAAGAACAGCAGUAGACAGCCAAUGCCUUUGUCAGUCAUCAGCGCCCCCCCUGUUUGUCUUCAGUACUGCAGCUUUGGCCCUGGUGCUUUCUGGGAGAGCACUCAAAGCCAUGACCAUUUGCCACGCCGCCGGAAAUAUCUGCGUCCUCCAUUUCAGUCUGUUUUUAUUCCAGUUAAUUUUUUUUUUUUUUUUUUUUUUUUUUUUUUUUUUUUUUUGUAGUUCAGUUAAAUCGGCUCUGCUUCUCAGUGUCUUCCCAGUUUUUGGAGAUCACACACCAGUGUGCGUCUACGAGAUGCAUUGUCCCUUCCUCCAUCCAGUUGAAUGAGCAUGUGUGCAAUGACCUGCAGUGUAUUAAGAUCCUGCAAUAUGGACAGUGCCAUGUGCUAUGGAGCAUUUUAAACACACAAUCAUUUUUACAUAUUUCAAACAUGUUCAACUUAGAACCUAUGAGCCUUAAGACACCUUGUCUGAACUUGGUACAGGUAACCUUAUGCUUAAAGCAUAGUUUAAUAUAGAUUAAUAUUAUUGCACUGAAGAAGAGGUCAUUGUUUUAAAAAGAAGGGUACCGAUGCAUGUGUCCGAUCGAAGAAUUCAGUGUAUAUUCAGUGUCUUAAUGUGCUUUUUGUUGUUUUCUGUAUUCAUUUUUGCACCUUUUUUUAUUCAACUAACAAACAAAAGAAACAGGAAAAAAAUGCCUGAUUUAUUUUUCUUUUUUAAAGCAAACAGAAAUACAAAAGACGUGUGAAUUUGUCCUGUCAUAAUUUACAAGGAAAACAUUCUGGGUAUAAACUUUUUUUUUUUCUUUUUUUUUUUUUUUUGUUUAGUGAAAUGCAUGGUAAUAAGGAAAACGCUAUUGGUAGAGCAGCAUAAUUAGUGAUAACUUUUGUCAUUGACAGAACACUGGGUGAGAAAAGGAAAAGGUUUGUAAUUGUUUAUACGUUUUGUACCACCCUGAGAUAUGUUUGGUGUUGUGAGGAAAGUGUGCAGAAAUAAGGUCUUUUUGAAAUGGGAAUCGUAGCAGCACUAGUACAGCUUUACGGCUACAGUGCACUCCGCCACUGCUUGUUCAUAGUACAAUUACUGCGUUAUGUAGUGUUUCUUCCAAACAAUAAACUCGCAAUGCAAACCCUAA